AUCAAUAAUAAGUUUUCCAAAAUACCUAGUGCUACCCAGGUAUUCUAGCCGCUACGAACUUUUUCUAAACCCCAUAGUAUAGAGUUCCCCUUGGAUAUGGUGUAGGUACGUAAUGAUUAUCGCUAUAUAACAUCGAGUAUUACAUAAUUAGACCUCGGCGUGUUGACUUCAGCCAUAAAGGCCCCCUUUGGUCCCCUUCCUCUUUACCUUCUUCGCUAUAACACAGCAUAUCUCAGCACAGCAGAGGCAACUAUUAUCAACCACCAAGGUAACAAUGGCAUCGAAAAUGAAAGCAUUGGUCGUCGCCGAGGGCAAGACGGCAAAGGUCCAAGAUAUAGAUGUCCCCAAACCUAGCGAGGGAGAAAUCCUAGUCAAAGCCCACUAUGUCGCUCAAAACCCAACGGACUGGAAGAGCAUGCUGUCCGUACCUCCUGGUCGGAUACUGGGCUGUGACUUUGCCGGUACUGUGCAAGACACCAACGGCUCCCACUGGCGAGAGGGACAGCGUGUCGCUGGUUUCGUCUUUGGAUCAUCUACCAAUCCGCCUCGAGGAGCAUUUGCGGAAUACAUCGUCACCGAGGCAAGCCUGGUCUACCCAAUCCCGGACAAAGUCUCCUACCAAGAUGCCGCCGCGAUCCCGCUCGCCUUUGCAACCGCUAUGCAAGCCAUGUUCGGGAGGCUAAAACUGCCUGAGCCAAGCAAGCCGGCCAAGACUGCCUUUCCCUUCCUUAUCAACGGGGGCACGUCAAGCGUGGGCCAGUACGCUAUCCAACUAGGAAAAUUAGCCGGCGUCUUCGUCAUCGCUACCGGAUCUUCCCAGCAUCAUGAGCUUCUAAAGUCGCUAGGUGCCGAUGCCGUCAUAGACUACAAGGAUCCCAAUUGGCCCGAGCAGAUCCAGAAACUCACGCACCACGGGCUCGAGUUUGCUUUCGAUUGUAUCAGCGAGAACGGCACGGUAGAGGCCGUUGCAAAGGCUGUAUCACCAACCAAGGGCGGCCACAUUGUCACCACCCUCCCUGUGGAUAAGAUUAGAGAGAAGAUCGAGAAUAAGAAGAUCAAGCUAGAAAGCACAAUCGUCUACACCGUAUUCGGGCGGCCUAUAAAAUACGGCACCUUUGACAACUGUGGAGAGCCAACUCCGCAAGACAAGGCCUUGUGGGAGAAGUACUUGACGAUGCUCCCGGAGUUGCUGUCCAGCGGUAAAAUCAGGCCCAACAAGGUGAGAGAGCUUGGUGGCUUCGAUAGUAUAUUGACUGGCUUCCAAGAGCAGCAAGAGGGUAAGGUCAGGGCUGAGAAGCUAGUUUAUAAGAUCUCAUAGGCCGUAUGAGAUCAGAGACACCACGUAUAUAGAAUCCUAUAUAUUAGUCAUGCUUCAAUGGCAUUAGCUUGUGUUGAUAGCAGAUUUAAUAAUCUUAUACUGGAAGGUCCAACUUUGAUAUACUGGUCUAGUAUUGGUCAUCUCAUAGCGACUCUAUUACUUGCCCUGUUGGUAGUCAGCUCGCGUAUAGCCUAUGCAGUAUAUUAGAUGGCCUUUGCAGAACCACCAUUGUUAAUCUAUGUCCAAACACCGCACCACACACAACCACCAUAUUUUUAACACAGUACCACCCGAAAUCAAGGGGGAUUUC